AUGGCUAGCCUUCAAGGAGCCUUCCGCGAAGCAGCCUCCGAAGGGCAGCACAAGAAGCCUGAGAAGCAUGACGUCAGCGAGAGCGGCGAGAGCGGCGAUGCCGCCUGGCAGGCUCAAACGGAGCAGAUGAGCGGGGGCGGGGGAGGAGAAGAAAAAGCGCACGCGGAGGGGUCGGAGGCGGUGCGCGCGGAACAGGCAGAGGCGUACGAGAAGGACAUGGAUGACUACGGGUCGGCAUACGCGACGCGGUCGUCGGACGAGGGAUUCGGGCAGAUCUACGGGGAACCCGUGACGCACUUCGGCGUGCGUGGCAGAGUGGGCAACGCACCAGCAGCGUGGACGAAGGAGGAAUCGAAGCUGGAACACACGGGGGAACCAGCAGGUCGAGAGGAGUACGACAGGAGCCAGGGCGCGCCGGUGGGGCAGACGGAGGAGGGGCGGCACGCCGUUCGUGAGAAAGCCAUGACGCAGGAAGCGGAGGGAGGUGCUCAGGGGUACAAGAGUUGA